AUGGGCUGGAUCUGCAAGUUGUUGUUCACAGGCAAGUCAUGCAACUGGACCUGCAUGGCCCUUCGGGUCACUCUGGCAGUGGAAUUUUGCCUUUGUCUGUCUUCCAUUCUUGGAAAGACUAUUUCACUCUAUUUUGCCUGCAGGGUUUACAAAUCCAAAACCUGGCUUAUAUCCGUGCACCCCAUUUUCCAUAAACUCAUUGUGCUGAUUUCUGUUGUAGGGGAGAUUGGUGUAUACACAGCUUAUUUGAUGCUGAAGCCUCUGAGGAUGUUCAAGGACAUUGAACCUCAGAAGGUAAAGAGCAUCAUUGAAUGCAAUGAAGGUUCUGUAGAGUUUCUUUGCUCCAUUUUUGGGUUUGAUGUCCUUCUGGCUCUGCUGUGUUUCCUUGCAGCCUUUGUGGCUCGCAAGCUGCCAGAUAACUAUUACGAAGGGAAAUGUAUCACUUUUGGGAUGCUGGUCUUUUUCGUUGCCUGGAUAUAUUUUGUCCCUGCUUACUUGAGCACCAAAGGCAAAUUCAAAGUGGCUGUGGAAAUAUUUAUUAUUUUCGUGCUGUGA